AUGACAUCCUGGUUGAAGAUCCAAGUCAAAGCAUGCGGAGUAUGUGGCACAGACCUCCAUAUCCACGACGGAGAGUUCGGAGCUCAAUUUCCCCUUGUCCCUGGUCAUGAAACGGUAGGUAUUGUCGCAGCAUUUGGCAACAAGGUUCACGGUUUCAAAACAGGAGACCGUGUUGUGGCCGACAACUCCGAAUUAUGCAGUACAUGCCACUACUGCCGUGUCGGUAACGGCAAAGAACUAUUCUGCGAGAACUUCAUUGCGCAUGGAGUGAUGGUUGACGGGGGAUUCGCUGAAUAUGCUGUUUAUCCCGGGCAUCGCGUUUUCAAAUUCCAACAUUUGUCAGAUGCCGAUGCUACGCUGAUCGAGCCCGCUGCCUGUGCUGCACAUGGGAUUGAUAUCAUCGCCCCGCAUAUGAACUCCCGUGUUCUUCUUUUCGGUGCUGGGCCGACGGGAUUGAUGCUAGCGCAGCUUCUUCGUCAGAAUGGUGCCAGCCAUCUGGUUCUCGCUGCACCUCGCGGGUUGAAGAUGGAGCUUGCCAGGUCGCUUAAUGCUGCUGAUGAGUACUUGGAACUUCCUCGUGAGGCGGAUGCCGCGAAUGCGAUAUUGGACAAGCUAAAUCUUGAGAAUCCGUAUGGAUAUGACAUUGUCGUCGAAGCAACGGGGAGCGCUAGGAUCCUGGAGAACGCGAUUAAUUUUGUGACGAAAGGAGGGAAGUUAGUGGUGUAUGGUGUGUACGACGAUGAUGCCCAUAUUUCACUAUCGCCGAAUAAAAUCUUCAAGGAGGAAAUCAAGGUGAUCGGAUCAUUUUCGCAGAUCUAUAAGUUUCCGGCUGCGAUCGAUUAUCUAGAUGGCAAAAAGGUCAACGUGCAGGGGAUCGUCAACAAGACUUUUAAGCUGGAGGAAUGGGAGGAAUGCCCUGUGACCGAUAUGAAAGACUUCAAAGCUGUCUUCGGUGGAAGCCAGAGCUCGACGAUCCAUGGAUUAAUUGUCUCCAGUAUAUUAAUUCCUGCUGCGCUAUCCUCACUAUUUGCUGGACAUCUUGCCGAUCGUCUGGGUCGUGCCAUGGGAAUUAGCACCGGAUGCUUGAUCUUUGGAGUCGGAGCUGCUAUAGAAGCAUCGGCUGUCACUCUCGGAAUGUUUAUUGCGGGUCGUGUUAUUGAAGGACUUGGAGAGGGCUUGUUUUUGGGAAAUCUGGUGGUUUACAUUUGCGAGGUAUCGCCUACGAAAUAUCGAGGUCCGCUGACAACUGGUCCGCAACUGGUGAUCACGGCCGGUAUCUGCUUGGGAUAUUUCACUUGCUAUGGAACUUCGAAGCAUAUCGAGUCAUCCUUUUCUUGGCGCACCCCUUUCAUUCUUCUUGCAUCUCUUGCCAUGAUUCUGUCCGCGGCAUCUCUUCUUCUCCUUCCCCCGUCCCCUCGCUGGUUGGCGAUGAAAGGCCGUCACGCGGAAGCCAACGCGGUGUGGGAUAAGCUGGAAGUGGAUUACAGCGAACAUGAAAAGAUCGAUUUGCAAGAGAUACAAGGAGGUUCCCCGUCCAAGCAGGGUACAGUGGAGAAAAUGCUUGAUAUUUUCUCCAAGGAUGUCCGGUCCCGCACAAUUCUCGCUGUCUUCAUGAUGGCUGCACAGCAGCUGAGCGGAAUUGAUGGCGUGCUAUAUUACGCACCACUAUUGUUCCAACAGGCCGGACUCACAUCGUCCGAUGCAAGCUUCUUCGCCUCCGGCAUCUCCGCUCUAGUCAUCUUUGCCGCGACCAUCCCCGGAACGCUGUACGCCGACAAGUGGGGACCGGAAAAGUAG